UAACACGUCUAUCGAUAACACAUUUGCCAGCUGUGCAGUUUUGUACGUAAAUACUCUAAAUUCACGCCUAGUUUUCUGAAAAAUGCUUCCCAAAUUGAGAAUAUCUGCUUUUCUGCUUAAGCGAUUGGAGCGCGUCAAGCUGCAGUGCAGUGGUUGUUUAUACGGCGUAUUUUAUGGAGAGAGCACUUUGCUGCUAUUGAGCUUUAACGUUGAGUCAAGUGUGGGUCAACUGAACUAUGAACAAAUACAGCACAAAUUCCCAGCAGAACUAGAUUUAUGUGGCUUGGUUAAAUUUGGUGACUGUACUGAUACAGAAGCUCAUCUUAACGAGAUAAUUUCAUCGGUGGACAUUACGGAUAAUCCGAUCCUGCUUCAAUGUCAACUGGGCACACUUGUCGGAUUGCGGGCAUCCUUUUUUAUUCAUGGCAAACUAGAGAAUGUGCCGUAUGAAGUCAUGGAGGCCUCACAGCUGUAUAACGACUUUUGUUUCACACGGUUAAAGUGUGGUUUCUUCUUGCAUACAUUGCCUACGCCGGAAGCCAUAGCCAAGGAGAUGCAUACGCUUCGGAAACGUGUUGCCGAUGGCAGCCUGGUCUUUAAUGUAGCACAAACGAAGAUCUAUGUGAGCAGCAACUGUGGAAUACAGCAUCAGAGUUUUAACUGUGAUUCACUUAUUGAGCAACUCAUCACAGAGAUUCCCACGCCAACGGACUCUUCUAACGGCGACAAGAAAAAGAAAACUGCUGCUGCUCCAGAUCUGGCCAAAUAUUAUGGCGCUGUAGGCUGUGCAUACGAUGUAAUCAAUAUCGAUGUCUUGCGCUCUCGCACACGCGAGCAUGGAGCAGGGGAUUCUUUGCCACAUCCAGCAUUAAGUGUUUGCAUUACAAAUGAGGAUUCCAUUAAGCAACAGGUGCCUCUGGAAUUGGAAGCAAUGGCGAUUCUCUGCAAGAAGACUAAGCUGCUGCGAUUGUACGAUGUGCUUAUAGAGAGCAUUUGCCGCUCGUUGCGACUCUUCGAACAGUGCCUUAGCGAGCGACUUACCGAGCAGGAGGCAACAUCGGAGGUUAAGCUGCUCGCGCCACUCACUUAUCAUUUUUACCCACAGGAAUUUGGACAUUUUUUAAGCUGUGCUUAUCUGGAACAACUGGGCGAUGAUGAGCCUAGCGUACAGGAGAAACGUAAGCGACUCCAUCGCCAGUUCGCAUUGCCUGCCACGCGACCCUACUUCAGACGUGCUAACCAGUGUCGCUUCCAGAAUGAUAUAGCUACUGUGGACCCGGCGACUUGGACGCCGCUGCUUAAUACGCACCUUGGCCUACGGCCCAGUGGCGUGACUGAUGGCAAAGAAUACCUAGUGAAUGGAAACUAUCACUACUAUCAUUAUUUGCAGCAGCAGGUACAGGACAAGGGCUGGGGCUGUGCCUAUCGUUCGUUGCAAACGAUUUGCUCUUGGUUCCUGCUGCAGGGCUACACUGAACGUCCGAUACCCACUCACUUAGAGAUACAGGAAUAUUUGCACAAAAUUAACGACAAACCGGCCUCUUUUGUGGGUUCCUCGCAAUGGAUUGGCUCCACAGAGCUGAGCAUGUGCUUGCAGGGCUUUCUCAAUGUGGAUUCCAAGAUAUUGCACGUUGCAUCUGGAGCAGAGCUCUCGACAAUAUCAUCGGAACUGGCCAUGCAUUUCCAAACCCAGGGCACGCCAGUAAUGAUCGGUGGCGGAGUGCUCGCACACACAAUAAUCGGCGUGGACUACUGUGUGCAAACGGGUCAGGCAAAGUUCUUGAUACUUGAUCCUCAUUAUACUGGAGCCGAUGAAUUGUCCACCAUACAAAUUAAGGGCUGGUGCGGGUGGAAGGGCUUGGAUUUUUGGGAUAAGAAGAGCUACUAUAAUCUCUGUAUGCCACAGCGGCCGAUUUUAUAUUAAACAUUUCAAUUAUGCAUU